AUGUCGAAGAAGCCAGGAGCUACUCAAGCAAUGCAUAAAGUCAUAAUGGUUGGAAGUGGAGGUGUUGGAAAAUCUGCUCUCACGUUACAGUUUAUGUACGACGAGUUUGUUGAAGAUUACGAACCUACAAAAGCGGACUCGUAUAGAAAAAAAGUUGUAUUAGAUGGGGAGGAGGUACAAAUAGAUAUCUUGGAUACUGCAGGACAAGAGGACUAUGCAGCAAUACGGGACAAUUAUUUUCGUAGCGGUGAAGGAUUUCUCUGUGUAUUCUCGAUAACGGAAGACGAUAGCUUCCAAGCUACACAAGAAUUUAGAGAACAAAUUCUCAGAGUAAAAAAUGAUGAGAACAUUCCAUUUUUAUUAGUGGGAAAUAAAAGUGAUUUACAAGAAAAACGGAAGGUUAGUCUAGCUGAAGCACAAGCAAGAUCCCAGCAAUGGGGUGUUCCUUAUGUGGAAACAAGUGCUAAAACAAAGGACAAUGUGGACAAGGUAUUUUUCGACUUGAUGCGUGAAAUAAGGUCACGCAAAAUUGAAGAUAAGUCAGCAAGCAAUGGUAGAGGUAAAGACCGUGCCAAGAGGAAGAAAAAGAAGUGCAUUAUUCUAUAGGUAUUCUUUGAUUUGAUGCGAGCAAUAGCCGCUCGUAAGGCACAGGAAAACCAGGGAGACGGGAGUGAACGUAAGAAGAAAAGGAACUGCUGCAUCUUGCUAUAACAAACAUAAAACAAUGUGUAGCCUGCGUUAUGGAAGGUUCAACUCCUAUAACUGAAAGCUAGGUGUAAGAGUACUGUAUUUAUACAAAAAAUGAAAGUUUUCUGACACUUUACAGUGAGCUGACAUUCUUAAGAUAUUUGCUGUUCACUGUAUUACAUACAAAAGGAAUAUAUUCGACUUUAAGACGUGUACAAUUUAUUCUAAUAUUUAUAUAUAUUAUAUAUAUACACACACACAC